CGGGGGCGCCAGUGCCGCGAGUCGAGCGGGAGGAGAGGAGGCGAGGGAGGAGGGCCAGAGAGGCAGUUGAAAGAUGGCGGACGAGGCGGCGCUCGCCUUUCAGCCCGGCGGCUCCCCCUCGGCAGUGACGGCUGAGAGGGAGGCCCCCUCGCCGCCUGCCGGGGAGCCGCUCCGCAAGAGGCCGCGGAGAGACGGCCCUGGCGUCGGGCGGAGCCCGGGCGAGCCCGGCGGGGCGGCCCCCGAGCGUGAGCUGCCGGUGGCGGCCGGCGGCUGCCCGGCGGCGGCGGCGGCGGCGGCGGCGGCGCUGUGGCGGGAGGCCCAGGCGGCGGCGGCCGGAGAAGGAGACAAUGGGACGGGCUUACAGGGCCUAUCCCGGGAGGCGCCGCCGGCCGACGACUUCUACGACGACGACGACGACGAGGGCGAGGAGGAGGAAGAGGCGGCGGCGGCUAUUGGGUACCGAGAUAACCUUCUGUUUGGUGAUGAAAUCAUCACCAACGGUUUCCAUUCGUGUGAAAGUGAUGAGGAUGAUAGAGCCUCACAUGCGAGUUCUAGUGACUGGACUCCAAGACCACGGAUAGGUCCAUAUACUUUUGUUCAGCAACAUCUCAUGAUUGGCACAGAUCCUCGAACGAUUCUUAAAGAUUUACUGCCAGAAACAAUUCCUCCACCUGAAUUGGAUGAUAUGACACUGUGGCAGAUUGUUAUUAACAUCCUUUCAGAACCACCAAAAAGGAAAAAAAGAAAAGAUAUUAAUACAAUUGAAGAUGCUGUGAAAUUACUGCAAGAGUGCAAAAAAAUAAUAGUUCUAACUGGAGCUGGGGUUUCUGUUUCUUGUGGAAUACCUGACUUCAGGUCAAGAGAUGGUAUUUAUGCUCGCCUUGCAGUAGACUUUCCAGACCUUCCAGAUCCUCAAGCAAUGUUUGACAUUGAAUAUUUCAGAAAAGAUCCAAGACCAUUCUUCAAGUUUGCAAAGGAAAUAUAUCCUGGACAAUUCCAACCAUCUCUUUGUCACAAAUUCAUAGCCUUGUCAGAUAAGGAAGGAAAACUACUUCGCAACUAUACUCAGAACAUAGAUACACUGGAACAGGUUGCAGGAAUCCAAAGGAUAAUUCAGUGUCAUGGUUCCUUUGCAACAGCAUCUUGCCUGAUUUGUAAAUAUAAAGUUGACUGUGAAGCUGUACGAGGAGAUAUUUUUAAUCAGGUGGUUCCUCGAUGUCCUAGGUGCCCAGCUGAUGAACCACUUGCUAUCAUGAAACCAGAGAUUGUCUUUUUUGGUGAAAAUUUACCAGAACAGUUUCAUAGAGCCAUGAAGUAUGACAAAGAUGAAGUUGAUCUUCUCAUUGUUAUUGGGUCUUCCCUGAAAGUAAGACCAGUAGCACUAAUUCCGAGUUCCAUACCCCAUGAAGUGCCUCAGAUAUUAAUUAAUAGGGAACCUUUGCCUCACCUGCAUUUUGAUGUAGAGCUUCUUGGAGACUGUGAUGUCAUUAUUAAUGAAUUGUGUCACAGGUUAGGUGGUGAAUACGCCAAACUUUGCUGCAACCCUGUAAAGCUUUCAGAAAUUACUGAAAAACCUCCACGAACACAAAAAGAAUUGGCUCAUUUGUCAGAGUUGCCACCCACACCCCUCAAUAUUUCAGAAGGCUCGAGUUCACCAGAAGGAACCUCACCAGCAGAUUCUUCAGUGAUUGUCACUCUUUUAGACCAAGAAACAAAGAGUAAUGGUGAUGAUCCAGAUGUGUCUGAAUCAAAAAACUGUGUCGAAGAAAAAUCACAGGAAGUACAGACUUCUGCUAGGAGCAUUGAAAGUAUUAAUGAACAGUUGGAGAGUCCAGAUUUGAAGAAUGUUGCCUCCAAUACUGGGGAGAAAAAUGAAAGAACUUCAGUUGCUGAAACAGUGAGAAAAUGCUGGCCAGCUAGACUCGCAAAGGAGCAGAUUAGUAAACGGCUUGAUGGUAAUCAAUAUCUGUUUUUACCACCAAACCGUUAUAUUUUCCAUGGUGCUGAGGUAUAUUCAGACUCUGAAGAUGAUGUCUUAUCCUCUAGUUCUUGUGGCAGUAACAGUGAUAGUGGAACAUGCCAGAGUCCAAGUUUAGAAGAACCUAUGGAGGAUGAAAGUGAGAUUGAAGAAUUUUACAAUGGUUUGGAAGAUGAUGCUGAUGUUAAUGAGAGAGCCGGAGGAACUGGAUUUGGAGCUGAUGGAGGUGAUCAAGAGGCAGUUAAUGAAGCUACAUCUAUGAAACAGGAAGCAACAAGCAUUAACUAUCCAUCGAACAAAUCAUAAUGUAGUAUUUGUCCAGGUACAGGAAUUGUUCCACCAGCAUUAGGAUCUUGAGCAUGUCAAGUUGAAUGUUUACUUGUGAACUCAAUAGAGCAAGGACACCAGAAAGGUAUAAUAUUUAUAGACUGGUAAAACAGUUUUUUUUCCCCAUGGGUAAUUUUUAACUUACUUAUUUCUGUGCUUAUACACUCGAACACUAACUCUUUUUUUAAAAAAGAAAGGUACCUAAGUAUCUUUAAUCAGCUGUUGGACAAGACUUUCUUUUAAAGGUUCAUUUGUAUGAUACAUCCAUAUGUAUAUAUAAUUUUGUUUUUGCCUAGUGAGGUUCAACAUUUUAAAUUUUUCAAAAAGCCAUUGGAAUGUUAAAUUAAUGUAAAGGGAACAGCUAAUCUAGACCAAAGAAUGGUAUUUUCACACUUUUCUUUGUAGCACUGAAUGGUUUGAAAUCCUCAUUCUCUGUUCCGCUAAACUUUUGAUUCUUUAUUAGCACAAUUACCUAUUUUCAAACACUGGCAUUUUCCAAAACUUGUGGCAGCUAACUUUUAAAAAUAUCUCAUGACAUGCAAUCUGAGUAGAAGGAAGUCAACAAUAUGUGGGAGAGCACUCAGUUGUCUUUGCUUUUUAAAGUGAGACUUGGUGCUAACAGUUUCCGGAAUAUUGUAUUUGUUCAAAUGAAGAUGGCUUUUGUACUUCCUGUGGACAUGUAGUAAUGUCUAUAUUGGCUCAUAAAACUAACCUAAAAAACAAAUAAAUGCUUUGGAAAUGUUUCAAUUGCUUUAGAAACAAUAGUGCCUGCCUGGGUCCCCUUAGUUUUGAGAAUAUUUGCCAUUGUUGUUUAAAUAUACCUAUCAAUUACGGUGGUAGAGCUAGCAUUGAUCCUUUCCAUAAGUAUUAAACUGCCAAGAUGUGAAUUUGCAAAGCCUUUAUGAAUCAAUAAUAAUGGUACUUCAACUGGGGGGAGAGUGUAGUAUUUUGGACUGUUGCCUCCUCCCCCCCCCCCCCCCCCCCCCCCCCCCCCCCCCCGUGUUCCAUUAAUGAGAGCAGCAGACCCCCUGAUUACAGUUUCAAAGCCAGUAAGUACAUGUUUCCUGUUGGGAGGAUUUGGUGUAAUAAACACCAAACUACUAGCCUAGUAUUAUGGAGAUGAGCGUGGUGUAACUUGUAAUAGCAGAAUAGUUAAUUAAACUAGUUCUUAUAACAUAUUUAAAAGCUUAGCCUGCCUUAAAACUAGAGAUCAACUUUUUCAGCUGCAGAAGCUUCUAGCCUUUCAAAAAAGUUCAUACUUUAUAAAAUUGCACAGUAAGAAUUUAUUUUGCAGACCUUUCCAACAUUGCUUUCAAAUAAAGUAUUCCUGUGUUGCUUUAGUAUUUAUUACAACUUAACAAAAAGGGUUUGAAAUAUAGCUGUUCUUUAAGCAUAAAAUACCCAGCUAGGACCGUUACUGCCAGAGAAAAGAAUUUUAUUGAAUGGCCAUUUCCCUACCUGAAAGAUGUCUCAAUCUGAAUUUAUUUGACUACACUAAAGAAUGCAGUAUAUCUAGUUUGCCAUUUGCAUGAUCUGUGUUUGUGCUAUAGAUGAUAUUUUAAAUUGAAAAAUUUGUUUUAACUUAUUUUUACAGUGAAGACUGUUUUCAGCUCUUUUUAUAUUGUACAUAGUCUUUUAUGUAAUCUACUGGCAUAUGUUUUGUAGACUGUUUAAUGACUGGAUAUCUUCCUCCAACUUUUGAAAUACAAAACCAGUGUUUUAUACUUGUACACUGUUUUAAAGUCCAUUAAAAUUGUCAUUUGACUUUUUUCUGUUAAC